AUCUACUCCUAUGUUUCACGACUUGACGACAAUGUUGGCAAGCAAACCUAUCCUUGUUACCUUUUUUACAUGACCGAUGAACAGAUGAAGAAGGUUAUGCAGAAAAGACUAGAAGUUCCAGAAGGCUACACUAUCGGCACACCAAACCUGCAGCACGAAGCGCGUUGUAUGACUGGCACAUGGAGUUAUGGUGAUGAUGGUGAUAUUGAGUUGACAAGAGAAAAAAUCCGUCGCCUUCCUUCGGUGUGUAUACGUAAAGAUGGCCAAAUGAUCGGUUUCUACAUGCUGGAAUCACUGGGCUGGUUGAACCAUCAUUUUGUAUUUGAGGAGCACCGCGGAAAAGGACUUGGCAGAUUGCUCGAGUUGGCACAAGCUCAAAACUGCAUUUGGUGA